AUGACUUGCGAUGAAUACUUCGAAAUGAAACAAGUGAUCGGAUGUAUAGAUGGAGAAUGGAAAUAUAAGAAACCUUUUUGCAGACUUCUAGCAAAAGAUUGUGGACCGGUACCACCAGGUAAUUCAUCUACCGGAACUGUGGCAAAUGGUACAACAUACCCAAGUGAAGCGGACUACACUUGUGAUGAAGGAUUUGAAAUAGCAAGUGGUAAUUCCAAGAUUGCAUGUUUAUUGUCAGGCCAAUGGGAUGUUGAUAAUAUACUAGUUUGUCGAGGGAAAGAUUGUGGACAGGUACCAUCAGGUGAUUCAUCUACAGGAACUGCUGCAAGUGGUACAACAUACCCAAAUGAAGCAGACUACACUUGUGAUGAAGGACAUGAAAUAGCAAGUGGGAGAUCCAAGAUUGCAUGUUUAGCGACAGGCCAAUGGGAUGUUGGUAAUAUACUAGUUUGUCGAGACUGUGUUGACCCACUAGAUGUAGUUUUGGUUGUGGAUGGAUCAGGAUCAGUUGGUUCUUAUCAUUUCAACAAAAUGAUAAACAUAUUAGCAGAUGUCACUUUAUCAGGUUUCUAUGUUGAUUCGGCUAGAGUUCACGUGGGGCUUAUAGUUUAUAGUACGGAUAUAACGGACAUAAUUAAUAUGUCAAGUGACCCCAAUCAAUUACAAAAAGAUAUCCGUGCUCUUAAACAUCCAUGGGGCAAUACCCAUACUGGAAAGGGUAUUGCGGCAGCCCAGCAAAUGCUAUUGACACAAGGUCGACCUGGAGUCCCGAAUGUUAUGAUAGUCCUAACUGAUGGAAAGUCAACUGAAAAUCCUCAAUCCGAUGCCACUGCUGCCAAGGACUCCGGGACUGUUAUUUAUUCCAUAGGAAUUGGCUCGGGUGCCUAUAUGGCAGAGUUGAGACAAAUUGCCUCCGAUUCAGAUAAAGUGCAGAAGGCAAACGACUUCGGAGAUAUUCGGAGAACACUUUCUAAUCUCUGUUAA